CCGCGGGGAAAGUUUACGGGACGCAGGCGGCGGCGACGGCCGCGGCAGCAGCAGUAGUAGCGGUUACUAGGCUGCCCGCGGCGGACCAUGGCCCUGGCCCAGCGUCCUUGGCCUCUCCUCACGGCGUCCCCGGGCAGCGUCGCAGCGAGGAGAGACUUCCGGGAAGGAACUGACAUGCGACUGAGCGGCGGUCGGCGCGCUUAGCGCCGUGAACAUGCGGCAGUCCCUGCGGGCGACCCCGGGCUGCGGAGAGGAGGCGGCGGCGGCGGCUCGGGAGGGAAGGUGGCGCCGGCGGAGGUGGCGGCGGAGACGGCCGGCGCCUGGCGCGGAGCCCUAGGGAGGCUGCUUGGCGCGGCCUCGGGCCUCCUCGAAAAGGAUGCUGUCCCGAAAGAAAACCAAAAACGAAGUGUCCAAGCCGGCCGAGGUGCAGGGGAAGUACGUGAAGAAGGAGACGUCGCCUCUGCUGCGGAAUCUCAUGCCUUCAUUCAUCCGGCAUGGUCCAACAAUUCCAAGACGAACUGAUAUCUGUCUUCCAGAUUCAAGCUCUAAUGCUUUUUCAGCUUCUGGAGAUGGAGUAGUUUCAAGAAACCAGAGUUUUCUUAGAACUCCAAUUCAAAGAACACCUCAUGAAAUAAUGAGAAGAGAAAGCAACAGAUUAUCUGCACCUUCUUAUCUUGCCAGGAGUUUAGCAGAUGUACCUAGGGAGUAUGGCUCAUCUCAGUCAUUUUUGACAGAAGUUAAUUUUACUGUUGAAAAUGGAGACUCUGGUUCCCGAUAUUAUUACUCCGAUAAUUUUUUUGAUGGUCAGAGAAGGCGUCCACUUGGAGAUCGUGCACAUGAAGACUACAGAUAUUAUGAGUACAAUCAUGAUCUCUUCCAAAGAAUGCCACAGAAUCAGGGGAGGCAUGCUUCAGGUAUUGGGAGAGUUGCUGCUACAUCUUUAGGAAAUUUAACUAACCAUGGGUCUGAAGAUUUACCCCUUCCUCCUGGCUGGUCUGUGGACUGGACAAUGAGAGGGAGAAAAUAUUAUAUCGAUCAUAAUACAAACACAACUCAUUGGAGCCAUCCUCUUGAACGAGAAGGACUUCCUCCUGGAUGGGAACGAGUUGAGUCAUCAGAAUUUGGAACUUAUUAUGUAGAUCACACAAAUAAAAAGGCUCAGUACAGACAUCCUUGUGCUCCUAGUGUACCUCGGUAUGAUCAACCCCCUCCUGUCACUUACCAGCCACAGCAAACUGAAAGAAAUCAGUCUCUUCUGGUACCUGCAAAUCCUUAUCAUACUGCAGAAAUUCCUGACUGGCUUCAGGUUUAUGCACGAGCCCCUGUGAAAUAUGACCACAUUCUGAAAUGGGAACUCUUCCAGCUGGCUGACCUGGAUACAUACCAGGGAAUGCUAAAGUUGCUCUUCAUGAAAGAACUGGAACAGAUUGUUAAAAUGUAUGAAGCUUAUAGACAGGCUCUUCUCACUGAGCUUGAAAACCGCAAGCAGAGACAGCAGUGGUAUGCCCAGCAACAUGGCAAGAAUUUUUAAGUUAACCUUUUAAGAAUAAAAUUUAAUUUUUAUAAGGGCUUUAAAAUAUUUUCACAGUUGAAAAAACUGCAAACAAAUACUUCGGUUAAUAAAGGCAGCUUACUUUUGGGAAGUUCUAAUUUUCAUAUAUUUUGUUAUUAGAAAUUUUCUUUUAUUGAACAAAAGAAAUGAAUUUAUUAUUUUAAGAGUCAACAUGAUAUGCUUUCAAAUAUUGCAUAUUAGGAAAUUGCUUUGAAUAAUCUUGAUGGAGAAAUAUGCAGAAAAAAAUGUUACCAUCGGAUAUUUAAAAGGAAAUGAUCACUUGGUAACUCCUUAUAGCAGCAGUAUCUUUCUUUAA